CUUGUUCGGUGAUCGAAUUGUGUGUGUUUGUCGCUUGAAUGGAAGAGUUAGUACUCUUUUUCUGGUUUCUUGGUGAAAUGAUCAGUUGAAGUAUGCCCGACUCAGAUUGAUUUCUUUCCUGAUCAGAAUUGUUUCUACCGAUUCAAUUAGUUGAGGGGGAACUGCAAGGCUCUCGAGAAAACCAGCAGCCAUCAGAAACGCCUGGAUCAUCUCUUUUUGGUCUUCCGUGUUUGUGGCAACGCUUUGUUGCAUGCUCUGAGCAGGAGACAUGGCUCUGAAGUCCAGCCCUUCUGAUCAAGACUUCAUCUGUUGCUUGGACUCCGUGCAUGACCUCUUGACCUUGCGCCACUCCCUCUCCCUUCUCCUCAGUCAGGGCUGGAUGGACAUGGCCAAGGCACGUUACUCCAUGGGUUUGUCACGCAUCAGCCAACCCCUCUUCAGUCUCAAACCUCACUCUGCCUCUGCCCGGAUACUCGUUUCCUUUACAGAUGAUGGUGCUGAAUCUUCUUCUCAAUUGACUUUGGUGAAGCUGGAUGCUAGAGAAAGGAAUUCUCAUUCAACCUCCUAUUCUCACACAUCAGAGGAGAAACCUGGGCAUGAGCUGGAGCAGAAGCAGAAGCCUACUCGUUCGAAAGCUGUGCCAACUGAUUGGUCACAAGACGAGGACGCAGCUUACAGACAGCUGAUGGGUGGUGUGGACGAUUCUGACUCCGACUCUGAAGCAUCAGUUUCGUAUCAGGCUGUGGAGCUAACAACACCCAUACGCUGGUUUGGAGCAUUGGUCUCGCCCCACCUUCAAUCUGCUCAGACUUCUUUCGAUUCAGCACUGGAGAUUCUGGUGAAAAUGGCUAACGCACAACGUGAGGCAUUGGAUGCACAUAACCGAGUGACGCAGCAAAAUGACGCCCCGGACUCGUGAUUUAUACUUUUCUUUAGACUCCGAAACAAUAGGUCAAUACCUCCAUGCCUCCACUUUGCUAACGACUACUGUAUGAUGUUUUGUGAAACCUCACAAACUGCGAUGAAUUGUUCGAAUACUUCAUUGAAUAUCUGCAGUUUCUGAUUUUUACAAGCAUCCCCGUUGGAGAAAAUUAUAGCAUUGUUUUGGAUUCGUCCAAUGUCUCGGUGAACUUGUGUCAUGCAAUAAAGCUCUACCUUUUCAA